AUGCAUAUUACUAAUUUUGAUCCGGAGAGGCAAAAUACAUCUUACGCUUCUGUUUGGGUUAAUUUUCCUGGAUUUUACAUAGAAUUAUGGACAAAAAAGUUUCUAUUAUCUAUUGCAAAAAUUCUUGGGAAGCCAAUUGCUAUUGAUCAGAAAACUUUGGAUCAUGAUGUUGGAAACUAUGCUGAUGUGCUUAUUGAUAUUGAUUUUGCUAAACCAAUUCCUAAAAUAAUUCGUUUGAAAGCUAAUGGCAAUGAGUUUUGGCAAUAUGUUGAAGUUCAGGAUUUGGAGAAUAUCAAGUUUUGCACACAUUGUAAGUUUAUGGGUCAUAAGUUCGAAAAUUGUCUUGCUGCUCGCAAGCUUUUGGGAGGUUCUAAAUCUUCUAAUGUGUCUCAAAAACCUGAAAAGAAGAACCCUUGCUGCAAAAAAAAAGUGUCUCAAAAACCUCAGAAAGAUGAUAAAGAGGUUAACAAUCCAAAUAAAAAGUAUGCUUGGAGUGAAGUACGUGGAAAAAAUAACGUGAAUGGUAAUGGUUCCAAUGCAGACAAGGGAAUUCAUUCUGAAGUUAUUGUUUCCCAUGAAAACCAUGCAGAGAACGUCAAUAAUAUUGAAGCAAAUGAACGUAUUCAGUCUGUUGGUGCUAUUACAGCACAAACUGACCAAGGUGUUGGAUUUUCUUCACAUCAAGAGAAAGAAUUAGCUGAGGAUAAACAAUUGGAGGAUGAGCUUAAUAGCUCUUUUGUUGAGUAUCGUGAAGCUCAGCUCAAACUAAUAAGAUGUAAAAAUGCAAUUGCAGCAAAAAAGGAUAUUGCAGCACGUAAAAAUUAUGUUCAUGCAGUUCAUGAAGCUGUUCCGUCAGAUAGUAUGCAAAGUAAUUCAGAUAUUACUAGCAAGCAAACUCAGUCAAGGACUAACGUGGAAUCUGGCGUGGUUAUGCAGAAGCAAACUUCCGUGCCCAAUAAGAACUCUGAGUCCGUACCCAAGCAAAACUUGGUUUUGGAAACUCAGCAGCAGUUCGUGUACAAGGAAAACUCUAAGAUUAUGUCCGUUUUUUUUUUUUGA